AGAUGACUGGCGUGCCGUAUGCGGAGGCGGGUAACGGAGGUGCUGAGGCGGCAAUGCAAAAGUGACAGAAUCCAGUGUGCAAAAUAAUUGUCGCGACGCCCCCAAGCUGGCGUUCCGGAUUUGCAUUUUAGAGACGACUGAAGCUCUUUUUUUGUGUAGUGCAGGUGUUUUUUUUUUAAUUAAGGGCUGCACAAAUGUCCUUCAUUAAAAUAAAUCGCUCAUAUUAUCCCCAUGGCUUUGGAAAGAAAAAUGCGAAAACAAAAAAAAAGGCUGCACCGAAGCAGGAGUGGGUGAACACUGUGACUGACCUCAGUGUACAUCGUGCCACACCAGAGGAGAUGCAGUGGCGUCAUGAGAUACACAAGUCAAAGAACAAGGCAGCAGCCCAGUGGGAGAUUCAGGAGAAGACUCUGAAAAGGAAGCAGCGAAGAAUAAGAACAACAAGCCCUGACUCAUUGGAGAGUGCAAAGCUGUCUAUCCUGAGAGAGGUUUUUUCUCAACAGUACCAGAUGCAUGAUGUACUGGAGAAAUCCGACCGUGCAAUGGCAGUGGUUAAAGACUUGUUUGGAGAUGAUCCUAAAAGACAAACAGGGUUUCCAAAUGUUACAAUUGCACCCAACUGUGCCAUGAACUCUUCUAUGCCCCUAGUAAUGAGCAAAAGAGAUUGUCCAACACAGCUGUCAAUUCUCAGCGAGUCUGUAAUGGAUUCCCAGGCUUUAAAUGAGUUUGCCAAUGAUAGUCAUGAUCAGUGUGAUUCUGAAUAUAGCAAAGAUGAAGAAGACAGCGAAAGGCCUGCUGGGAAGUACUUUGAGUCCAACAUUGACAUGCGGAGACACUGUUUUCAGAGGAAUGAGCAGUCAUUUCUACACAAUCCUGGAAAUGAAUAUUCUGGAUGCCCCCCCAGUGACUCAGUGGUAGUAAACCCAUCUGAAACUCCUCAUACGCCUUUGUUGUCCUCUCUGAAUACUGAAGAAAUGUCAAGUGCUCUGAAUGCUACUUCAGCUGUGAAGCGAGUUCGAUCCAGAUGGUUCAACGAUGAUGAGAAAAGGUCUUUGCCAAAUGGCCUUUCAUCUACAGCAACUUCUGAAAUGUUUAACCAGGUCCUAAAUCCAAACCUACAAAACAAGAGGAAAGGUAAAAAAUGCUUAUCAUCCUUGUAUAGUUCAAAGUCUUGUACAGGGAGCCAACAUAUAGAUGGGACCAUUAUGAAUGGAAAUGUGUCAAGUCUAGACAUGCUUCAGCAGAUGAUGGGAGAAGUGGACCGAGAAUUAUGUGACAUUGAGCGACGGAAUAGCCCAGACAUCCCAAGUGAUGUGCAGCAGGGGUUAACUGGAUUCUCUAUGUCAUUGGUUUACACACUGCGUAGGCUGGUACAUCAUCUGAAAGAGCUAAAGCAAGAGGCAAGAGAGCGAGAGACUUUAUCUCAAAGGACAGAGGAACAGCGCAUGCUGAUUGAUGCAAUGACUGCUGAAAUGCUCUCUAUCAGGGAAGAAAAUGUAGCCAUACAGGCCAGGUUUCAGGAGCAGAUGUCAAGUAUGAGUGAGCAGUUAAUCUCUUUGAAAGAAGAAUUAAAGAAAUUUACAGGCAACAAUUCAAUGAACUCUUCACAUACUGCAGAGGAGAAACUAUUCCCCAUACCGAAGACAGAUAUUCAAGAAAGUCCAGAGCUAGAUGUUAACAGUCUGCGAAAUGCUACAGACUACCAGUUUCAGCCUGCAGUUCUUUUGUCUCCACCACAGCAGAAGGACAGCCCCAAAAUGCACGCAAACCGUGCUGAAAAGAAAGUAUUUGCUGCUGGAAAGCCAAAUGGCAUUCUGCAGUUACAGACUGAACAAGCUUUGAUUCAGGAACAAUACUCCAAAGCAGGACAAGACUGGGUAGAGAUGCACCCAAAAGAACUACAGAUGAGAUGCUUCAAACCGUAUGAAGACCUGGAAACAGCUAGCAGUGACUCUUCAUACAGCUGUCUUCCUCAGAAAGACCAUACUCAAAAACUGGGUCAUUUGCAAAAUGGUGCCAUGAUGUCUCAAGCUGGUGUACAGAAUUUUGAAGCUGUCCCGAACAGUGUUGCCCAUGAACAUGAGUCAUUGUUGAAUAAUAUUGCUGCACUCUCACUGCAGAAUUCCACCAUCAGAGCUCAGCUGGAUCUGUUUCAACCUGUAUCUGGUACAUUUGAAGCAACAACGCAAACUGGAACUCAGGCUUCAGCAGAACAUAGUAGUCAAGCCAAAGAUAGAAUGUUACAGAAAGAAAAGGUUGUGUUGCCUGCUGCUUCUAUACUAAGUAUGGAGCAACGUAUUGCAGAACUGAACCGUAAAAGUAAUGAAGCUCGUGCUAAACUGUUGGAGUUAACUGAGCAGAAGAAAAGAAUCUCUGCCUGCUCUGUUUCUCCUCCAUUGUCGCCAAUUCCCCCUACACGCUGGGUCUCUGAGGAUGCAUUUAAGUCCCUUGAUGUGUCAAUUCCAUUGACUAAUUUGGACUCUGCAGCUACACCAAUGCCAUCUCUAAGCAUAACCAGUGACAGAAGCACAAGGCCUGCUAGCAGUCUAACUAAGAGCCACUCUCCAAAUUUCUCUGUAGAAGAUGGAAGAGCACCACUUGGCACAAAGGUGGAAAAGUUAAAAGGAGGGCCGUGGUUUGCAUUAUCUGCACACAUUGAAUAAACUCGACUGGGCUUGGCUCGUGUUCUCCUGGCCUGUUAAAACAACAUCCAUUUAGAAGGAUGUCUAUGGACACAGAGGCUCUUCUGGUGGAUUUAUUAAAAAAAACAGCAGCACAUGCAUCAAAAAGGGGUAAAAAAAAGAAAGUUUUUCUUGCAAGCUGUUAAAUAUUUUUAGCUCUCUGGAUGGGUAUUUUUCUUAAUUAAAUGUUAUCAAAAUGUAUAAAUAAAGAUUUUAUAAGAAGAAGGCUU